AUGGGGAAAAGGUCGUCCCCUGCUUCCUCCCCAGGUGGUCUUCCGCCGCUCGCUCAUAAUAAGAGAGACCGGGCGGUGACCGCAAGCACGGCCAGUACGGCCACUCCUCCCCGGUUGUUCGACUCGGACCUAGCGCUAGAGAAUUCCGAAAUGGAUGGUUUCGGCAACAUGUUUGACCACAUUGAGUCUAGCUCCCAGUCUCAGGGUAUCCGUCUUAUACAGUCAGAGGAGCGCUCGUCACCUCCGACAAGUUAUCCACCCACCAGUUACUCGGGCCCUACCUUUGCUCGCUCCAGCAGAGCUCCUAUUCCUCAACCUAUCAGCACCGAUCGGAAUCAGAUUGUCGAAUCCUCGCCCUAUUCAUGGACUUCCCACGACUCUCAUGAUGGUUUGAUCCGAUCACCGAGUCCUUCAAGAACAGUCACACAGGGCAGUCCCGCCAGAGCAGUCAACGGCUCUCUGGUAAGCUCAGGCCAGAAUCCAUUGCCACCACCUAGGCCGGUUCAAAAAAGGCCUACCGCUCCCAGAGAAUCUCCUCCAAUGGAGACGCUCCGGCCAUUGUCUGUGACUCGCUCUCGAACGAAUGAAGAAACCAAGUUACUUUCGACCAGCCCUACAAUAACACAAAAGGGGGAAAUGUCACCAGCUUCACUGCAUAGUGCAUCCUUUGAUCCUUCAAUCGCUGCCGAUGCUGAACUCGCCAACAUGUAUCAAGAAACCAAGCCACAACCCCCCAAACCAGCCUCAUCAAACAAGGUCAUGACUCCUCAGCAAUGGGAGCGUUACAAACAGCAGAAAGAGAUGGACCGCAGGUUAGGUGCUCUGUCCGACGACAGCGGAUCCGAGGCUGGGGACAACUAUGAAGAUGACGAUGAAGUUGAACGUGACCGACAAGCAACAAAACAGAGGCGGAAACAAGAGGCCCACCUCGCGGUCUACCGCCAGCAAAUGAUGAAGGUCACAGGCGAGGCAGCACAACCACCCCCCGAAAGUGGCUUAGGAGCACUAAGACAUGCCAAUGGCAGCUCUGGUGAUCUUGAUAAUCGGCUUUCACAUCUGACCGUAGCAUCGAGACAGUCAGGAGGUAAGAGUAGUGGAGAGGAUGAGGAUGAAGACGAGGACGUCCCCCUUGGAAUACUUGCUGCGCACGGCUUCCCCAAUAGAAAUCGACCACCGACUCGACUGGCAAACUCUCCCUCGAAUUCGAACCUACGGAGCGUGAGCCAACCUCCACCUCAGACUGCUCCAUCGGUGGCAGGCCAGACUGCGAAAGGAACGAACCUACCUGUAUUUGCGAGAGGAUUGCCCCAGGAUCCUUACUAUGGAGCCAGCUUGGUCAAUCAACCUGUUCGUGAGUCACUAGCUGCACAUUCGCUCAGUCCCAGUGCUCUUGGCUCCGGACCCUCCACGGCACAUCCAAUCCAUCCAGCAGGCCUUGUAGGUGUCAUUGCAGGCGAAGAAAGGGCACGCGCAGCCCGAAGAGGAAGCCCCAACCCAGCAGGAAACUACGAGAUGCCACAGCUGCCACCUCACCCGGGAAUGGCAAGAUCACAGACCACUGGAUAUCUGCCGGGUAUGGGUUAUCCGCCAACGGGGAUGCCGGGGAUGCCUCCCAUGAUGACUCCAGCGGACCAUGCUCAGCUUCAAAUGUCUCAACAGAUGACACAGAUGAUGCAGAUGCAGAUGCAGUGGAUGCAACAGAUGCAGUCAAUGAUGGGCCCGGGGGGGCAGCCACAGAUGGGGCCACCAAGUCUUGCCGCCCCCAGUAUAUAUGGAGGACAAGGACCCCGACCUCAUUCGAUGCAGCCCCCGGUUGUUCCUUCUCAUGUUAGCCAAAGGACAAUGAGUACUUUGAAUCCCGGUAUGGCACCCUGGAAUUCGACGCCCUCUUUCCUUCCGUCAAUCAACCUAAACGGCAACUACGCACCUUCCAUUGCUCCAUCGGAACGUAGCAACAUAGGUCUCGCAUCGCGCUAUCGACCUGUCUCGACUAUGCCUGAACCGGAACCACCCUCAACUAAACGGGCUUCGACUUUCACAAGUGCAAGCUAUCAGCCUUGGUCUCAAACAAAUACCCGAUUGCCAGGCCCAUCACACGCUGCUAGGCCUUCUGUCAAUACCCUUGGGCGGAGAUCUCCACUUACUCAGCAACAAGACGAUGAAGAUGACGAGCAGGGUUGGGCAGAAAUGAAGAUGAAGAAAGACAAAAAGCAAAAGAACUGGGCUCUCCGAAAAGAGCAUAAUGGAUUACAAGAGUUGUACACCGGUGCAUCAUCAUGA